GGCGUGCCCGGAAAACGAAUAAAGAUUCCCUCGCCCGCCCGAUUUCCCAACGAAGCAUUUCCCCGCUGACGGCCGCGGACAGUCGAGCUCUGUGCGUUUUGCGGAAUCAGAGCUCUGUGCGUUUUCGGAAGCAACCAAGCAAGCAAGCAGAGCGAAGCGAAGAUGGCGGUCAAGAUCGGCAUCAAUGGGUUCGGUCGCAUUGGAAGGUUGGUCCUGAGGGCUUCCCUCAACCACCCUAAGGUGCAGGUGGUGGCUGUGAACGACCCUUUCCUUGAUCCAGAGUACAUCGUCUACCUUUUCAAAUACGACACCGUGCACGGCAAGUACAAGGGCGAGGUCGGUCUGUCCGCCGACAAGAAGCUGGUCGUGGAUGGCAAGGAGAUCGCCAUUUUCGCUUUGAGAGAUCCUUCCGCGAUUCCGUGGGGAGAGGCAGGUGCGGAUUACGUGGUCGAGUCCACCGGUGUGUUUACGGACAAGGACAAGGCAGCUGCUCAUCUGAAAGGCGGCGCGAAGAAGGUUGUCAUUUCUGCUCCCUCUGGCAACGCGCCGAUGUUCGUGAUGGGCGUGAACGAGGAGAAGUACACGCCGGAUCUGGACGUGAUCUCGAACGCGAGCUGCACGACCAACUGCUUGGCGCCUCUUGCCAAGGUCAUCAACGACAACUUCGGCAUCGUGGAGGGACUGAUGACCACCGUGCACGCCGUGACGGCCACGCAGAAGACCGUGGACGGGCCGUCUGGCAAGGAUUGGAGGGGCGGGCGUGGGGCUGGAUUCAACAUCAUUCCCAGCGGAACGGGCGCCGCCAAAGCUGUGGGCAAAGUCCUUCCUGUGCUYAACGGCAAGCUGACGGGMAUGGCCUUCCGUAUCCCGACGGCCGAUGUGUCUGUGGUGGAUCUGACGGUGAGGCUGGAGAAGAGCGCCAGCUACGACGAAAUCAAGGCUGUGAUCAAGAAGGCCUCCGAGACCGAUCUGAAGGGCAUCUUGGGGUACACGGAGGACGACGUGGUGUCGUCGGAUUUCAUCGGCGAUGCUCGGUCGAGCAUCUUCGACGCCAAGGCGGGGAUUGCCCUGAGCGGGAACUUCGUGAAGCUGGUGUCCUGGUACGACAACGAGUGGGGUUACUCCAACCGUGUGGUGGAGUUGAUUGAGCAUAUCUCCAAUGCUUAGAUCAUGUGUGUGUGUGUGUGUGUAGGUCGGUAGAAGCUUACGAGGCCAUCCCUUUCUCUUCGUGGCUUCGUUCCUUCGUGAUUAGGUGAGCGUGCGUGGGAUCAGUAGGUUGAGGGCAUUCGUUGUCAUAUUCGGCCGUGAUUAUUGGUUGUGCGCAUCAUGAACAGUCAGGUCACCAUCGUUUUGGUUCUGCUUGUCAUGUCUUGCGUUUUUCCCUAAUUCGCGUUUGACUAGUAUGGUGCGGGGAAGGAGGGAAGAGUUGCAGAUUGAGUACCAAUUAUGUCAAGUGUUCUGUGUCUGAUCUGUCGGGUUAAUGAUCGUGGGAGCGAGUGUUAUUCGAUCGAGUAGUAGUUUGUUAGGUGUAGUGAGCUGUGUUGUUACUCGUCGACUGAGUUCUCUGUCAGAGGUCGUUUAUUUUUUGGUCUCUCGAUUAUUCGCGUUAUUCGGUGCACAGUGGCAGGAAGGAGUGAGAAACCGCGGAUGAUUAGGGUUGUCUUUAGGUCGUACUGUGUUAGUUCAGUGCGGUGUUUGUAAUCGCUGAGGCAGACUUUUAAUCGUGCAACGGAUCGGAUUCUCUCUCUCCCAGCUUUUUCUCCCGUGCAUUGAUGGUUGCCUUCUGUUUUUGUUUCCCAAUUUGUUCUUUUGUUUCGUUCUUUAUCAAGGUCGACAUACCCGAAGGCGGCUUCGCAUGUGGCGUGACGGUGAUUGUUUUGUCUGAUUCUUGACAAAGCUCAGGAUACGACUAGCAGCCACCAUAA